GAGCACAACCGAGUGCGGAUGAACGUGGGGGCCUCGCGGACCCCGUGUUUUCAUGCGCUUUAGUUCCGCGCCGGGUGCCACGACAGUUGCAUCGAUGAUUGGUGCGCGCGUGUGUGCGUAUUUAAAAACAAUACUCAUUUUUCAAAUUAACAAUAGCCGAUAAAAUAAGGUGAAUAACAGAUAUUCUAUGAAUUUGUUCAUUUACAAAAUGAGGUUAUGAAUUACUUUAUUGUGUGGAUUAUGAUAUGUUGAAUGUUAAUCGGUGAUAAGAGGACCGGAUGACUUUUUGGAAAUGACAGCGAGACCAUUGGACCAGCUUUGAUAUAAUCACUGUGUUACAUUAAUCACAAUUAAUCACAGAAUUGAUGUAUUAUAUAAAUAUAUAAACAUCACAAUGUGUCGUGUUUGUGUACAGUGUUGUGUUUUGGUGAUAACCUAGUGUUUAUUAACGAGAGUAAUAAUAUAAGAGGAUUCAAACGGUUCUGUUUAUCGCUGGAUGGGGACAUUUAAUUCAGAUAUUUCAACGCAUUGAUUCGCGUAGUACAGAGAAUCAAUUCCUCACGAAUUCACUCUAUCUAAUCAAUAAUUUCAUCAAUAAUAAGCCUCUCCCAUUUAACCUAAAAAUAAUCACCUCUACAUCGUGUUAAUCGACAAAAGAAACAAAUCACUUGAAUAUUCUCUAGUCUCGCGUUAUCGCAAAUUUUUCCGAAAUUUCAUAAAAUCCCGAACGUCGCGUGAAAGCGCACAGUGAAAGGCAGAAAAAAUUUUGGACACAAUGGACAUGAGCAGCGAAUCGAGUGCAGCACGGUGGUACGAGCCACCAAGAAGCCUCGAGCCAUCGUCAGGUGGUGGUAGUAGUGGUGUAACGGGGGUGAAUCCCGACUACCGAGGUUACUAUCCCCACGCUGGACCAGCCCCUCAUCAUCCAGCAGCAGCAGCAGCUCACUAUGCUCACAGUAGAAUGUCAUCGAGUGGUGUAUCGAGUGGUGCUGUGAGUCAAGUGUGUCGUCCCCACUUUCACAGUAUUCAUCCCUGGUUACCAAGUGCCAGUGGUGAUACAUCAAAGGCCUGGGCAUUUCCAACAACAACAGCAUCAACAGGAGGUGGUAGUGAGGACAAGCCCCAGAGUCCACUUGGCUCAUCUUUAUCCCUAACGAGUCAUGGAAAUGGUGUUACUGCCGGUCACCAUCCAUUUUCAUUUCCACCAACGCCACCAAAAGAUGCAACGCCUGACAGCAUAACAACUAGUACUAGUUCAACAAAUAAUAAUAGUAGUAAUAGUAAUAAUAAUAAUACAACAUCAAGCAAUAAUAAUAGUAGCAGUACAAGCAAUAAUAAUGGAAGUAGUGGUAUUGGUAUUGGAACAGCGAGUGGUGGCACUAGUGAUUAUCAAGUGGCAGUGGCACAUGCAGCUGCAAUGGGUGCAUUUAUACAUCAUCAGGAUUCACUUGUUGUUACUGGUGGCUCGUGUGAUGUUAAACCAUCAGUUAUGUUGGGACAUCAUCAUGGCCCAUCAUCACCAAAUCAUCAACAACAUCCAUCAAAUAGUUCAGGACAAGUUAAACAACGUGAAGGUAAUAACCAAACGACAAAUACAAAUGGCACAACAACUGGAAAUAAUACUGUUAAUGGACAAACGACAAACCAACAAGCCAAUACAACUGGCCAACAGCAACAAGAUUAUCAGAAUACUGGUGGUGCAACAUCACCAUCUUGCCGUGACUCGUAUCAUACCACAUCCCAUUCAGCACAUCAUCAUCACCAUCAUCAUCAUCCCACCUCAGGCUCCCAAUAUGAUCCAACAGCUAGUGCAUACAAUAUGUAUCAACACCUACAGUAUCCAACCCAUCAUACCCACAAUCCUCAUAAUGGCUCGUCAUUGUUCUCUGGUAGUCAUCAUACCACUGGUGUACCUGGUGUUAGUCCCGAUGCUAAACUUCUCGGUUCCACGCACGGCAACACUCCCAAUUCGCCCGGUUCCCAACAACAGCAGCAGUCUAAGACAAGGAACAAGUCCAGAACGUCCGCCGAGGGACGUGAGUGCGUCAACUGUGGAGCAACAUCAACGCCACUCUGGAGAAGAGACGGCACCGGACAUUACCUAUGUAACGCCUGUGGACUUUAUUACAAGAUGAACGGACAGAAUCGACCGCUGAUUAAGCCCAAGAGACGUCUGUCGCUCCAGAGUGCUGCACGGAGAGCGGGUACAAGUUGUGCAAAUUGUAAAACAGCGACGACAACACUCUGGCGGAGGAAUCAAGCUGGUGAGCCGGUUUGCAACGCGUGUGGACUGUAUUAUAAACUUCACAACGUUAACCGGCCACUGACAAUGAAGAAGGAAGGAAUACAAACGAGAAAUCGGAAGUUAUCGUCGAAGAGUAAAAAGAAAAAGGGCAGCGGCUGUUUGGGUCUUGGUGGUGUCAUGGGAGACAUGAUCAAGGCUGGUGGACAUCUAGAUCUUGAUAACAAACCAUUUCACUCCGGUUUUGGCUCACCAAUGGGUACAUCUCAACAUCAUCACACAAUGCAUCCGGCAAUGCAGCACUACAUGUAUCAUACAGGAGUAGGUGUUGCCAGUGGUCUUCAUCAAGGUUUUGCACCACCAGCCCCACCACCGAUUCAUCCUCACUCACAUCCUCAUUCACACUCUCAUCACAUGACGAGUCUCCAGGGUCUUCAGCUCGCCGCUACCACGAAUGCAAUGCCCGGUUGGCGAUCCGAAUACACAUGAAUGAGUGCGAGUUAUCCAGAAAUACAACCAUCAACAAUCGCUCAGGACGCAGCCCACCAUUUUCUGACAUAGCAAGCUUAAUCUUCUUCAACGGUUGCGUCUCGCAAUGUUAACAUUGUAAAUACAUAUAUUCCAUUCAGUUUUAUUCAUGAAGACAAACAGAACUUCGAGAGAGGGACUGCGACAGGUAAUAACUCGAUUCUCAUUGCAAAAUUAUAUAAACAAAAUUUUGUCAUGUUAUGUAUUCAAUAAUUUCUUGUGGGCGUAUCUGGAAAGCCCCACAAGUUUUCAAUCUUUUUACACUGACAAAUUACUCACUUAUUAUAAAAAUCGGCCGUCUUAUCCAAUUGCUGUAAACUCAGGGUUAAUAUGAAAAUUCAAAAAUUUUGAACCUCAUGAAAUGAAGCUCUUGAUGUUUCGUAUUUGUCUUUAAUAUCUAUGGGUUUAUAUUUAUUGAUGAUUGUAAAUUAACUUUUCCUUUUAAUGAAGUGAUAAAAUGCACAGGGCGGCAGCCACUUAAGUGUCUAGAUUUGAUGGAGUCCUUAUCGAAACACGCAAAUAAAGAAGGUAUCAUGAAUAAUUCUCCUGUAAAUAUGUAAAGUAUAUUAUUAUACCGUAGGGUGAUAUACGCCCCCGGCCCCAAGUACAAAACGAAGUCAGCUACUAUCUUUAACGAAUCGUUAUGUUACUGUAAAUAUCGAAGAAAAUUAAAUUCAUGUGGUAUAUUACCUAAAAAAAAUGUGUUAUCGAUUCAAUAUUAAACGGCAAGAUUGACUGCAUUUCCUACAUGUUUUAAAGACACCCUUUCCCUCCCCCCCAAGGUACCCUCUUCACUGUCGAACUGAAAGAAGAAAAAAUAAUAAUUCAACUGAGAGAAAAAUUUAUUUUUUGUUAUUUUUUGUUGUCACAAGUCAUCUUAGAUGUAUUACGGGUAAAUAGAGAAAGUUCUCUCCCCCCCAGCCCCUUCCCCACCCCGGCCCUUUUCCUCUCCUGCUAUCGAUUAAAUCGUGCAAUUUCAGGCAACGAGUGAUGAUUUCAUCGGUGUUUAGUGUAUGCACAACGACUCACAAGUUCUCCUCUGCUGGUUUUCACUCCUCUUUUCUUUAUUUACCUUAUUUUCCCUGACACAGCAACAAUAAUUGUCAUUUCUAACUUGUAAACAGAGGUAAUAAUGAAUGUAGAAUCGGAAUAACGAACAAAUGGGAGAGAGAUGAAGAAGAAACCACUCGUGUAGAGUUGAACAAUGUGAUGUUGUCGGUUGUUCAACAAUUAGCAAAUGUAGAAAAACAAUUAUUUGUAAACGUAAUUAUUGACUAUCGUAUCCAUCACAGAUGAAUCAGCUCAUAGACCCAGGUGAUCAUUAAGAUAUUUCUUAAAUAAAGAUUUUAGAUUUUGUCACAGCGUAUGAACAGAUAAAAGCCACAUGAGAUGUCAAAGUGUAAUUACAUACUCACUUGUGAACUACGUUGCAUUAUGUAAAUUUUGUAUCUUUCAAAGAUUGUGUAUCGUACCACUUUUUUCUGGAAUAGAUAUUAAAGGAAAAAAGGAAUAUUCUAUGAAGAUAAAUAUAUAUAUAUAUACACAUACAUAUAUGUAUAUAUAUAUAUAUUCUAAUGGCUAAGAGAAGUAAGGGUAUCUUAUUGGUAAAUAGUCGUUGAGUAUAAGUAAUUGUGUAUAAUUUUAGUUGAAAUAAAUAAUAAACGUACAUUGAUAGAUAGUCAAAGUAUUAAAUUAAAUGAAUGGAAUAUCAUAUAUAUUAUUAUAUACAUGCAUAUAAAAUUUAUUGUUUAUUCUAUAUGUAUGUAUAUAUGUGAAGUCAGCUUUUGGAGCUGUUGGUGGAUCAAGGGGAGAAGAGCAAAAGAAUAUGAGACCACAUUGUGAUUUUUUUUUCAAUUCUAAACGUUACUAAUUCUAGUUUUAUUCAAUGGUAUUACGGUGAUUGCACUCGGCAAUAAAAAUCCGGUUGACUAUAUACUCUGGGAAAUAUAUUUAUAUUCCUUUGAAAAGAGGAAAGACCAGUAUAUUUCACCGAGAAUAUGCGGCGAUUUUCCGACUUGAUUAUUUUCCAAUGGAAAAUACUCCAUGUAUAAAAAAAAUAUUCAUCGCUGGAGAAACGGAAGUGGUGACUCAGCGGGAGUUUGUAUACAUAGAAGAAAGAAAAAAAUAUCUAUUGUAGAGUAUUACUAGGGAGGUAGAGUGUAGACUGUACAAUAUGAUUUAGAAGAAAAUAAAAAAAAGAACAUGAAUAUUAAAAUUAAAUAGCAAACGUUCUCGCCAGUUGGGGGAAAAGGGGAGUUGAAUGGGGAAGUAAAAUAUAACAGGAGAACGGUCAAGUUCACGUGUAGAGGAUAUCACGUUGUCGCCCCGACGGUGAUCGUGUAAAAAAUGUGAAUGUAAGAUAUUAUUGUAAAAAAAGUUUUAACUUAAAAUAAAUUAAAUGAUAAAUCAUAAA